GGCAGACAUUUUGGAUUUAAAGGGGCUGAGCUGGCCGUCAGUCCGAGCUCUCGGGGUACUUGAGCUAUAUAGAAGAUGUCCACCAUGGUUUAUCCAAGGGAAGAGAAGCUGGAGAAGCUCACUCAGGAGGAGAUCAUCUCAAACACUAAGCUGGUGAUCCAGGGUCUGGAGGCCCUGAAGAAUGAGCAUAACUCCAUCCUCCAUAGCCUCCUGGAGACCAUCAAGUGCCUAAAGAAGGAUGAAGAGGCCAACUUGGUGCAUGAGAAGUCCAACUUGCUCCGCAAGUCAGUGGAGAUGAUUGAACUAGGCCUGGGAGAAGCACAGGUGAUGAUGGCUCUGUCCAACCACCUGAACGCGGUGGAGUCAGAGAAGCAGAAGCUGCGUGCGCAGGUGAGGAGGCUCUGCCAGGAAAACCAGUGGCUGCGUGACGAGCUGGCCAACACCCAGCAGAAGCUGCAGAAGAGCGAGCAGAAUGUGGCCCAGCUGGAGGAGGAGAAGAAACACUUGGAGUUCAUGAACCAGCUGAAAAAAUAUGAUGAAGAUGUCUCACCCACUCAGGAGGAGAAAGACAGAGAAACACCGAAGGACUCCCUGGACGACCUCUUCCCAAAUGAUGAAGAGGAGCAUGGCCCAGGAAUGCAGCACCAACACAACAGUGCAGCCGUGGCAGCAGCCCAGCAGGGAGGCUACGAGAUCCCAGCCCGUCUGAGGACCCUGCACAACCUGGUGAUCCAGUACGCCUCCCAGGGCAGGUACGAGGUGGCCGUGCCCCUUUGCAAGCAGGCUUUGGAGGACCUGGAGAAGACGUCUGGACACGACCACCCUGACGUGGCCACCAUGCUCAACAUCCUGGCCUUGGUCUAUAGGGAUCAGAACAAAUACAAAGAGGCAGCCCAUCUGCUCAACGAUGCUCUGUCUAUCCGGGAGAAAACCCUGGGAAAAGACCAUCCUGCUGUCGCUGCAACGCUGAACAACUUGGCCGUCCUGUACGGAAAGAGGGGGAAGUACAAGGAGGCCGAGCCGCUGUGUAAGAGGGCUCUGGAGAUCAGAGAAAAGGUCCUGGGGAAGGACCACCCAGAUGUGGCCAAACAGCUCAAUAACCUGGCGCUGCUGUGCCAGAACCAGGGCAAGUAUGAGGAGGUAGAGUACUACUACUGCCGCGCCCUGGAGAUCUACGAGUGCAGGCUGGGCCCAGAUGACGCCAACGUUGCUAAAACCAAGAACAACCUGGCGUCCUGCUUUCUCAAACAAGGGAAAUAUAAGGAGGCAGAGAUUCUGUACAAAGAGAUCCUGACUCGUGCCCAUGAGAAAGAGUUUGGAUCUGUUGAUGCUGAGAACAAGCCCAUCUGGAUGCAUGCAGAGGAAAGAGAGGAGAUGAGUAAGGGCAAGCACAGAGACAACACUCCAUACGGGGAGUAUGGAGGCUGGUACAAGGCCUGCAAAGUCAAUAGCCCUACCGUGAACACCACCCUGAGGAACUUGGGGGCCCUGUACCGCCGUCAGGGCAAGCUAGAGGCUGCUGAGACCCUGGAAGAAUGCGCUGUGAGGUCUCGCAAGCAGGGCAUGGACCCCAUCAACCAGACACGUAUGGUGGAGAUCCUGAAGGACUCAGAUGGCGACAGGCGGAGGAGCCGGGACAGCCUGUCCAGCGUUAAGUAUGAGAGCGGCUCUGAGACCGGCGAGGAAGCCUAAGCCAUCAAGAUUAUUCCUCCAUCCUUCUCUCCUUCCCCAACACAAUAGUAAAAGGAUGUGUGUUGUCGUUCCCUCUGGCCUCCUCUGUCCCAACAAACCAAGCCCCUCUGCUGUCCCGGCGCCCCCCCUCCGCGGCAGAGACUCAGAAAGCCCCCACCUGGUUGUCACCUCUGUCCCCAGUUCCACUGACCGCUGCUGGGACGUUUGGUCUUCUCUUCUCAUCUGUGCUCUGGUUUUCCCCCUCUCCCUUUCUUUCUCUCUCUCUUUAUCUCUCUUAACCUUCCGUCUCACUAACCAUGUGUCGUUCUCCAUGUCAGAAAUCAUUACUCCUACUCUUUCUCUCACUUAACAUUAAAAAUAGUCAGUGUAUGUAAUCUUUCCCUGUGAGGAAGUCACUCGCACAUUUUCCUUCUCUCCAACACCCACUUGUAAUUUUUAAUGGAUGCAUUAUUAGCCGGAUAGGAGAAGAUGGAAGAUGGAAAUAUAGAUUACUGGAAAAAGUUUUAACACGCAGAGGAAAUGCUGAAAGAUUCUGAGGAUCAGUGCGUCCUUUGACAGCAGCUUUAGCUCCAGACAUCGCUCCAACCCACAGUCAGAUGAAAACUAACUGUUACUAUACAAUUAAAAUUAUACAAAAUAAUAUAUUUCCACAGUUGAUUUGCAACAGUCGCACGCUGAAUUUGUUUUUUGCCUUGAGAACUCACGGCACUUUCACACCACACACAACACUUAUUUGGAUAAAACAACAUUGAAGAAUAGAAGAGGAAAAAGAAGCACACGAGGCUCAAAGUAAUGGUUGCCGUGCGGAUAUAAUGUUUAAGCCACAAGGACGCUCAUUUGGCACAUUAAGUGCGGAGCACUGGACCUGAAGUUAAUGAUGCUGGUCGUAAAAACCACAAUAUAACCGUUGAAAUGAAGUUAACAAAACCGUUCAUUCAUUUUCUCUCAAAUGGAAAGACUACUACCCAGACCAAGGUCAGACACGCCCGUAUACAUACAGAUGUCUUCAGUUCAGGAGGAUCGGCCUCAAGGUGAUGGUGACAGGACGUAUGCAUGUCAUACACAUGUAAAACCAAAACUAACAGCAUCAAAUGUACAAUGUAACAAAGACAUGAACCUUGGUUUGGACCAUGUUCAAGACUUUAGGUGUGAGGAGGCUCUCAGCCUGUUUCAAAGUGACAAUUGACCUCAAAGCUAGAUUCCAACCGGCCUGUGUCACUUGUAAUUUAUUUUCCUUGCACCUUUUUACAAUUUCUGUUUCAACUCAAUGCCUGAGAUCAAACGCCUGAACAGAUGAAAUGGUACUGCAAAGCUACACAAGCCAAUCCGGACAUAGUUGGCAGGAAAUGAGAAGGGAGCAUUACUGUUUUUGUUUUUAUAGACGUAUUUCCUAUUUGAUUCGAUUAUUGUAUGAUUUUUGUUUACGUUUUUUUAAAAGAAUGCUUUUCGAUAGUUUUGUGGCUGAAUAUAAAGGCAGUAGUUUGUCAACAAUAACAUCGUGUUUACCUGUUGUGAAUGAGAAGAAACACUCAGCACCAUUAAAGGCCAAGACUGACGGCAAAAUUGGUCCGAUCGCAGCAAGCUGUUGUUGCCAUGGUGAUUUAUUAUCAAGUUGCUCUCAGUUAUGUCCUUGGAUUGAUGGAGUUUUCACGCAGACUCUAUGUUGGCACACGAUGUUCACAAAGGCUUGCAUUUACAAAGAAAGUAGUCGAGGCGCACAGACCCCUGAAAGAUUGCCAUGAUAACGGAUUUCAAAAUAAAGGACACACAUGCCCAGAAUUGCCUUGAUAUGUUGGUGUAGGAAUAAUACUUAGAUUUAAUGGAAGCCUUGAUUCCACUGUAGUGUUAGUGUGUAUUCGUGUAUGUUUUGGUGGUACAGUCACAGUGCCCGUUCUGGCUAUGGUUACGGUAUUUUGAAAACACAAAGCUCAAUGGGGUGUGUUGCCUUUUUAUUACAUGGUUGUUUUGCAACAUCGUCAUUUUGGUGAAUAAUGUUUUUAGCCACCACAAGUACAAGUGCGAGUCUUUCCUCAAGAUCAACAUGUUAUUUGAGAUGUUUAACUAACUGAAUGUACUUUAACAUCUUGGAAGUAUAAUUGUAGGCUGUAUUUAUAGAUUUGUCAAGUGCAUUGACUAUUAUAUGGCUUUUCAGUAUGCUACUUGCCUUGAUACUUCAUUCCUUCCAAUGAGUCCACCUAUACUUCUAAUGCAACUCUUGAACAAAAGAAGAACCGACUAUGUUCAUCACAUAAUUAUGACAAUAUUGUUGUGUUAGUGGAAUGCUUAUUUAUUGAACUGUCUAUUCUUGACAUAUAUAGUGUGACUUCAGAUUCCUCAAGUGGAAGAACAUUAAUGGUAAGGUCUAUAAGCACUAUCUUAGUAAGUAGGACUGCAUUAUAUUUACCAUCUGCAUUGUGAAGAUUAUUGCAUCAACACAUGUUGGUAUUCUCAAAUAAAGUUUUUCAUUUGUGAA